UUUGCACAAUAAGAAAACAUGCAAUGUAAUACAAACAGAGGAAACAAAUGUGGCACCUGCCAGCUGGAUUUUGUGUUUCCCCAAUAAAUAGUAUUGUUAAUACAUUUGCUGAGUGACAUAUUAACGUCCACUGCUCCCUUUCAAGGUCUGACAUAAGGUUACCAUUCAGGUAACAUUAUAAUUCUGACAGUUUCAGUCAGGAGCCGUGAUAUUUUUAGCUACUUACUCAUUCAGUCGGCCCUCUGUUGUCUGCCACGUUCUGUCUCCCUGUUUUAAUACUGCAGCCGUGUUUCUUCUCCUUUUCUAUGAUAUAAUGUGCACUUUUUCAUGGUGAACCUUUUUAUUCACCGUUACUCACUGCGUGUAAAGCGGGCGGCACACGUCUUUCAGCAUCAAUGAAUCUGUGAUCGACCGUGUGGGCUCUUGAAGAAAGCCGCUGACGCCCAUUUAUCUGAAUUACUUCCACCUGGCUGGAAAGAGUCCUGAGCUGGUUUGGCCUUCGUGAAACGGAUAAAGCCAGGAUGCGCUGAUCACACCAGGUGAUCCUGAUCCUUACUGAGACACACCUGUCUGAAAGAUCCCGACAGGUGUUCAGGUUGAUGGUUUCACUGUGUGUACAGAGCAGCAGCAGCAGGAUGGCAGAUGACCUUGACAUCGAGGCGAUGCUGGAGGCUCCGUACAGGAAGACUUGCCUAACGAUUUCUCACCUCUGCUCCCCUGAAUGCCAGUGUGAUCUGUCACAAACAUGAAGGAAGACGCCAAGGCGUCGAGCCCCAACGGACAGGAGGACCGCACCAAGAGGAAGAAGCGCAGUCGUGACAGGAAGCGCAGCAGGAGUCGAGACAGGAAGAGGAGCCGCGAGCGUAAACGCAGCCGCAGCCGAGACAAACGGAGAAGCCGCAGCAGAGAGCGCCGCGGCAGCAGGGAGAGGGGGGGGCGCUACAGAGACCACCACAAGCACCGUCGGCGGUCGAAGAGUAAAAGUCCCUUCAAGAAGGAGAAGAGUCCAAUCAGGCAGCCCAUCGACAACCUGACUCCAGAGGAACGAGACGCCCGGACCGUCUUCUGCAUGCAGCUGGCAGCCAGGAUACGACCUCGAGACCUGGAGGACUUCUUCUCUGCUGUGGGGAAGGUUCGGGAUGUGAGGAUGAUCUCUGACAGGAACUCGCGCAGGUCGAAGGGCAUCGCCUACAUCGAGUUUGUGGAGGCCAGUUCAGUUCCUCUGGCCAUCGGGCUGACGGGGCAAAGGCUGCUGGGAGUUCCCAUCAUCGUACAGGCCUCACAGGCAGAGAAGAAUCGAGCAGCAGCAGCCGCCAACAACCUGCAGAAGGGAUCGUCGGGUCCGAUGAGGCUGUACGUCGGCUCGCUGCAUUUCAACAUCACCGAGGAGAUGUUGAGAGGAAUCUUUGAGCCGUUUGGACGGAUCGAGAGCAUCCAGCUGAUGAUGGACAGCGAGACGGGGCGUUCUAAAGGCUACGGCUUCAUCACCUUUGCAGAUGCCGAGUGUGCUAAAAAGGCUCUGGAGCAGCUGAACGGCUUCGAGCUGGCGGGUCGACCCAUGAAGGUAGGUCAUGUGACGGAGCGGACCGACGCCGCCACGGCUUCCUCUUUCCUCGACAACGACGAUAUGGAACGCAGCGGCAUCGACCUCGGAACCACCGGGCGACUGCAGCUGAUGGCCCGACUUGCCGAGGGUUCAGGUCUACAGAUCCCUCCCGCUGCUCAGCAGGCUCUGCAGAUGAGUGGAGCGAUCGCCAUCGGAGCCAUGGCUGCUGUGUCAGCUGCCAUGAACCCGACUCUCAACAUGAACUCUGCUGCUCUGAAUCUUCCUUCUCAGCCGCUCGCCACUCACUGCUUCCAGCUGUCCAACAUGUUCAGUCCCAACAGGGAGGAGGCUUCUGGGUGGGAGACGGAGAUCCAGCACGAUGUCAUAGAGGAGUGUAACAAACAUGGAGGGGUCGUUCACAUCUACGUGGACAGGAACUCUGCUGAGGGAAAUGUCUACGUCAAGUGCCCGUCCAUCCCUGCUGCCAUGGCCGCCGUCAACGCUCUACACGGAAGAUUCUUUGCUGGUAAGAUGAUCACGGCGGCGUACGUCCCCCUGCCCACCUACCACAACCUGUUCCCAGAGUCCGCCACCGCCACACAGCUGCUGGCCCCGCCUCCGCGACGCUGACUCGCAGACAACACUGCCCUUUGAUUGGACGCUGGACAUUUGAGCCCACCCCUCUUUUAUAUCGUCCUCUCCUAUUGGUCAACACAGACGAGUCACCUCAUCAGGCCUGAGGACGCCGACAAGAGACACUGUUGUUUUGUUUCCUUCCAGUUUACUUCCUGCUUCCUGUUGUUUUUUCUCAUUAGUAUUUCUGGGCAUGGCCUCCACAUACCAUCGUCCAAUGAUUGAGCUCUGUGAGCUGUGAGGAGGCCGGCUGAAGAUGAAGAUGCCGUUAGCUGAUUGGUUGGUUUGAAGCCGUUUGGUAUUUAACUGUUUUCUAAUCAAGAAUUUGAUUUUGUAAAAUCCUUGAUUAAAUUUUAUUUUGAAGUCA